UAUACUGAGUUAUACUGAGUUAUACUGAGUUAUACUGAGUUACACUGAUACCUGACUGUAACUAUAACUAUGCGAAGUACUGUUGAUGUACUGUCUAUGUCCCUUGUACUAUGUACACUAAUCUUUCUAUUAAUAUCGAUGCCUGCUCACUAUAUCACUGGCGUAAAUUUCCGUACGAAGGUUUUUUUUUUUUGUUUCUUCCCUUGUUUCUUUUUUUCCUAUUUUUACCUACCUGUGUACAGGAAAGCCCCUCCCACCAGGAUAUUUAUGACGUCAAACUGGCUUAGAAUGUAUGUAAUUAAUCCCAGUCUAGACAGAGUGUCGUAAAUAUGUGUCAUUAACUAUGUCAAUCAUUG